AUGGAGAACAGCCCCAGCGCUUCGAAGCGUCAGCCAGAAAAGUCCCCCGAUCCGGUGAGCAAUUCAUUUUCCUCAGACAACUACAACCACGCUGGAGCGACCACCUCGCCCGCAUGGGCGAGCGGACCCAGAUGACUCUUCUAUGGAGGUUUCGUGACGAGUUAACGCCGACAAGGAAGUCAAAUCCGGCGCCGCAAGGAUACUCUGAAAACCUCCCUGAAGUGCCCGCAGAUCAACCCGGCAAACUGGAAAGACCUCGCCCGGCACCGACCUACGUGGAGGAGAACAGUGAAGACCAACGCAGUAAUCUUCGAACCCAACCACAUCACCGCCAUCAAGGCCAAACGCGAGACAAGCAAAUUUCAACUGCCGCCGACGCCUCACAGCGCCAACGCCCAACCGCCUUCAACGUGUCCACGGUUUCAACGGACAUUCCGGGUGCCAAAUGGACUUGUUGGACACCUCCGGACCAACUACAGCAUCCGGACUGCGCCAACCGUCGUCUCUCCGUUCACCUCUCCCUCGCCUCCCACGCUGUCAGCCAACAUUUGCCGCCCUCCCGAACCACCACUACCAUCCUCCUCCACCUCUUCCACCACCACCGCCCCAAUGUCUGCCGCUGUAUCGUCUGCCAUGCCCAUCAACACUACACACAAUCCUGACACACCAACAAACACCAACACUGCCACCGCCGUCAACACCAGUGACGAGGACCGGGUCUAUACCUGUCCUCAUUGUGAUCACACCUUCACCUCACACAUCGGCCUGGUCGGUCACUUGCGUAUCCAUCGCGCAGAGACUGGCGAACCAGUGCCUGGAGCACCAACCUACACCCGCCUCCACUGUCCACACUGCCCUCGCACAUUCAUGCACCACGUGGGCCUAUUCGGCCACAUGCAUAUCCACAACAGCGGAACUGAUCGCAGUCCCGACACACCUGUCACAUCAGCACACCCUCCAUGCCUAGCCCCUCCCACACCCCGCCGCCCAACGCGCUCAUCACCACCAUCUCCAUCACCGAAGUUCAUACUGACGCCGCCGACUUCUCAUGUCCACACUGUCCCCGUACGCUUCGGCCUGGUCGGUCACAUGCGAAUCCAUUGCACAGAGACUGGCGAACCAGUGCCUGAAGUAUCAACCUGCACUCGCCGCAUCCGUCUCCACUGUCCACAUUGCACUCGCACAUUUAUUCACCUCAUGGGUCAAGUAGGCCACAUGCGCGUCCACAAAACCUGCGGUAGACAACCGCCGACUGAACCACACCAUCACAUCCUCCAUUACCAGCAUCUCACUGCACAUCAACAUCACCCACCGGAAGCAUGCGGCUCCCCUGCUGCAUGUGUGAUCGGAGUCUGA